GUAUGAGCCUGCCAUCUUGGGGUCUGUGGGACCGAGGUCCGUUGGGGGCAGCUGUGCUGGUGGCGGAGACCGAGUCGCAGGACGCUCCCAGACCCGUCAUGGGGUUGGUGUCAUUUGAGGACGUAGCCGUGAACUUCACCUGGGAGGAGUGGCAGGACCUGAAUGCUGCCCAGAGGACUCUGUACAGGGACGUGAUGCUGGAGACCUACAGCAGCCUGGUGUUCCUGGACCCCUGCAUUGCCAAACCUAAGUUGAUCUUCAACUUGGAGUGUGGACUUGGACCAUGGAGCCUCGCAGAAGCUUCAAGGUGGAGCCUCUCAGGUGUUGGUAGCGUGAGUACUCCGAUUGACACCAGAAAGAAAAUUCCUAAGAGACGUUUGUGGCAGCGCAGAAAAGCUAACCAAAAGAUACCAAACGAAGACAUGAUUGAAGCAGAACUAAUGACUCAACAGGAAGUCUCUGAAAAGACAACAUCCUGUCAUGGCAGAGUACCUGUAAGACCUUUGUGCGGCGAGUUACAGAAAACCAAGAAUCAGACAUCGUACAGUGAUGGGAAGCUCUAUGAAUGUAAGGAUUGCGAGAAAGUUUUCUGUAAUAAUUCAACCCUAAUUAAGCACUACAGAAGAACUCAUAAUUCAUGCAAGCCCUAUAAAUGUGAUGAAUGCAGUAAAAACUACUACUGGAAGUCAGACCUCACAGCCCAUCAGAAAACUCACAGACAAGAGAAGAGGACCUAUGAGUGUAGAGUAUGUAGAAAAGCUUUCUUCCGCAGGUCUCACCUCAAUGCACAUGAAAGAACCCAUUCAGGUGAGAAGCCUUACGUAUGUACAGAAUGCAGGAAAGCUUUCUAUUACAAGUCUGACCUUACUCGACAUAAGAAGACUCAUUUGGGUGAAAAGCCAUUUAAAUGUGAAGAGUGCAAGAAACCUUUUUCUCGAAAGUCAAAACUCGCUAUACAUCAGAAGACUCAUACGGGCGAGAAACCAUAUGAAUGCGCGGAAUGCAAGAAAGCUUUCUCGCAUAAGUCACAACUCACUGCCCAUCGGAUCUCUCAUUCAUCUGAGAAUCCUUAUGAAUGUAAAGAAUGCAAUAAAUCUUUCCACUGGAAGUGUCAACUCACUGCACAUCAGAAAAAGCACAUAGGUAAGUGAGGGGAUACCUGCACGAAUGACAACUGAGAACACUCCUGCGGAUGUAGCCAAUAAAGUGAGGCCAAUCUUUGGAUAUUACAAUAGAAAGCAUUUAACUGGUAUGCCACACAGUCCCACAGGACAAGCAGUUAUAAAAAGAGCCAAUUGUACCUUAAAAGAGAUGCUUAUUACACAAAAAGAGUAAUAAAAACUUACAGGGACAGAUUAAAUGAU